GUGAUUUUUGAUUCGAACCUAACUUUCCACGAGCACAUUAUUAAAACUGUUUCCACCUGUUUCUCAAGUUUGGCCCAGAUUAAUCGUGUUAAGCAUGUAUUUGACAGAUCGACUUUAAUUACUAUAAUUAACACUUUAGUAUUUAGCAAGUUGUUUUAUUGUUCCUCCGUCUGGUCCAAUGCUGCUGACACUAACUUCCUCAAGCUCCAAGCGAUCCAGAACUUUGCAGCCCGGAUUAUUUGUGGAUCCAGAAAAUUUGACCAUGUUACUCCGCUUUUGAAAGAACUGCAUUGGCUACCUAUUAAAUCUCAGCUAUACUUCCGUGACGCCGUGCUUGCUUUUAAAUGUAUGACUGGAUCAGCUCCUACUUACCUCUCUUUGAAGUUUCUAAUGCGCGGUAAUGUUAGCGGUUGUACGACCAGAAGCUCCCAACUGUUGCACAUACCAUUAUACAAAACUAAAUCUGGACAAAGAACUUUUUAUUAUCGCACUGUCAGCCUGUGGAACAGUUUAGAUAAUGAUCUUAAACUUUGUAAUUCUUCUUCUAAUUUUAAGCGUAAACUUAGGGCCAAAUUAUUUGCUGCUUUUCUUUCUCCUCGGUCCUAG